GCUGCCCUUCCCCGCAACCCUCUAGCUACACGACCACAGCAGCACAACACCGGCAUGUCCAUAUCCCCUUGCCGGACCACGCUCAAGAGGGCCAACAUUGUGCUCAAGCGGCCACACUCCCCCGAGCCCGCUGACACCCCCACCGACCACAGCUCUAAGCGCGUCAAGACGACGCCCAGUGCGCCUGUGGUUCAAGAGUCGCCGACCCCCGCCGCGGCUGCCCGCGCAGAGGCAAAGAAGGAGAAGGAGCGGAGGAGAGAGAAGGAGAGGAUCCAGCGAGAAGAAGAGUUCAAGGCCAAGUACAGCCGGGCCUUCCCCAGCUGGGUCUUUUACUUCGAUCUCGACUCCGGCAACCCAGAGACUGCGUUGAUCAGAAACCACCUCGAGAAGCGGGUAUCAUACAUGGGGGCGAGGAUCGACGACUUCUUCUCAAAAGAGAUCACACAUUUCAUUACGCUGCAUGACGUCGACGAUAAAGAGAACAAGGAGAAGGAGACUGUACGAGCGGGAGCAGCUUCUGCUGCCGCGGCUGCUGCUGGCGGUGGACUGCUUGCGAGCCCGAUCAAACUACGCGGCCGUGCUCUCACGACCGGCACAAAGGCCGAGUCCCUAGUGCAGAAGGCCCAGUCGUUCAACAUGAAGAUCUGGUCCGCGACAAAGCUUCACAACGUCCUCGACCGCUGCGAAGCGCCUCGUGUGUCUGCAUCCGGUGCUCUCCCCACAGCUGCUCAACGAUCAUCCAAGGAUCACAACCUCGCUCAGCUACUCAGGACCGAACGACUGCACGGCACAAGCGAACGCGACCCCUCCCAGCGUCGGCAUGACUUUACCUACUUCUCCAAGGACAGCUACUUUGUCCUCGUCGAGGACAUCAAGCAGGAGCUCGCCACGGUCGCGGCCGCGGAGUACCCCAUCCAGAGGACACGGGAUGGGAAGGAGAAGGGCGCAUGGCCCGUUCUCCACUGCCACCCCCACGCGCGCGGGCCGUUCCUCGAGUACGAUGAGCGCGAAGAGCGCCGGCGACAGAAGCAGGAGAAGGCGGAGCACGACCGGCGAGAAGAGCGCGCGCGACGGAAAGCACGGCUGUUGCAGCACGAGCGGAAACGUAGGGCGCAGGAGGUCCGCAUGCAGCAGCACGAGCUCCGGCGGACCGCGUCCAUGAGCAACCUCCAUCGCCGCGCGGCGUACCCCGACGCCAGCGUCGAAGCGCUCGUUGAUCUCGACGCUGACUUCCAGGAAGAGAGCCAUGCCGAGCAGGUGCACGCGUCCGGGUACCUUGCAUCUGCAGCGUACAUGGCGGCUUCCGGGAACAGUGUCAACAUCACGUCGAACACGGGCACGUCCACCGCCGGUGGCCUCCUGCGCUCUCUGACUCUGCCCCCUGCGCUGAAGGACAAGCUCGCGCAGCAGAUCACGAUAAACCGCCGUGUCUCUGCCGCGGCUGUGCCCACUGACCGGGACAACAAGGAAAACGUCAUGGGUCCCCCGACGACCAUCCCCGACCGCGUGAAGUUCCUGCGCAAGAGCAAGAGCACGAACACGCUCAAGCUCCCGAAGCGCGACGAGGUGUCCAAGCCUGGCUACUGCGAGUGCUGUCGGCAGAAGUUCGAGGACUUCCGCGAGCACAUCGUGGGCCGGCGGCAUCGCAAGUUCGCGGCAGACGACAACAACUUCAAGGCGCUCGACGCGGUCCUUUCGCGCGUCCGCCGUCGGACCGUCGAUGAGGUCGCCGAGGAGAACGAGCGCUGGCUAGCGGAAGUGACCGGGGGUAUCAACACAAACGACGAUGACGACGACGAGCUGCUCUUGGCGUCGAGGCAGGACGAGGCGUCGGAUGACGACGUGCACUGGGACGAGUGGAUGACCAUGGACGGCGCGAAGGUCGAAGCCAAUGCCUGAUCCCCCGACGACGACAUGGGCACGACCGUCUUGCAAUUUACGACUGGUGCCGAACUCCGUUCUGCCCAGUAUGGUAGGUUAUAUAUGCGUUCCCCUUUCCCUUUCCUCGCUCCGCAAGCUUUCUAUAUGCACGCUUUCCAUUUGGAUCAGCUCUUACAUACAUAGCACACUGUACAACACCAAC